AUGCUCGUCUCGCUCUGUCUCUUGGCUCUUCUUACCAUCGCACAUGCCGACCCCAUCACAAAAGCGCGAACAUUUUGCAUGAUCCUGCAGCCUUGCGAACUCGAAUGUACAUUGACAAAAGGCGACGGUAUCCCUUACGAGUUCAAAGUGUUCACGAAAACAGCCGAACAGAAAGAGAAGAUCAGGCUCGAUCCUGAAAAGAAGGAUCAUGCUGUCGAUUGCGGCAAUGUACCAUGCCGAGCUCGUCCGUCAAAUUUGAGCCCGGACAUGCAAGCAUGGGAUAUCCAAACGCUUCGCGAGCAGAACACAAACCGAGUGGUUGGGGGCGUUGUAGAUGCCGCGAUCAUGAACCACUGCUGCUCUGUGCAAGAAAGGCUGACUUUCUUCACUCAGCUAGUUCGAGGUGCUCCUAUGUCGAUUUACGAUCGGUACUACGACUUACGAUGCGACAAAUUUGGCAUGAACGCUAAGACGCCUUUGCCCGCAAUGUGCUCCGGAGCCUUUCCAGGGGACCGCAGAACAAUCUGGCCGCUCAAAUGCUCAAUGACCGUUGGCACUUGCGGCAUAGCCUGGGGCACAGUGCUUCCGGGCAGAGUCUGUCAGUUCGAUCGCCCACAGCCGAUGUAG